AUGCAGGCUACAACGACAGAUGAAGGCUCUUCUGAGGAGAGGAGGGAGGAGGAGGAGCAGGAGGAGGAGGAGGAGGAGGAGGAGGAGGAGGAUGAAAAUACAAAGACAACUUCCGAGGAGCCUGAGGCCGAGGACGCUGAGGCCGAGGAAGGUUCAGAAGCUCCGGAAACUACGACCAAUGACGAGGGGACAACGACGAGCGGAGAGGCGUCGGCUUCGGCUUCGUCGACAACUGCGCAGAAUUCGCAGACUGAAGGCCAAGAAGAAAUCACGACCUCGAGUACGGAAGAGCCUGCGGAGUCCACCUCAGAAUCGAACGUGGAGACAAGUGAGGAGUCCAGCAGCUCAACAACCACCAGCCGCCAGAGGAAACACAAGACAACCACCAGCCGAAAGGAGUCUACGACGUCAACGACGUCAACAGAAGCAAAAGCCACAACCAGCGGCACCAAACGCACAACAAGCAAACGACCCACCAGCUCCACCAGAAAGUCCAACAAGAAGCCCCCGAAGAAGUCCACCUCCACAGCAGCACCUUCAACUAGAAGAAGUACAACCAAGACAACCACCAAGCAGCCGGCCUCCCCUAAAAGAUCAAGCAAGUCGACAUCGACUACAGCAGUUCCGAGAAGAAAGGGACAAACACGGUCAACAAGCAAAAGGCCUGGCCGAACAACAGCCGCACCUAGUGCCACAUCUACUGCGCCACAGCAAAGCUCCAGCUCCAGCGCUGCCACAACGCAUCCACCUAGCACAAGCAGCUCCAGCAGCUCCAGCCGAAUCUCCAGCAGCUCCAGCAGCUCCAGCAGCUCCAGCAGCUCCAGAAUCCAAGGCACCUCCAGCACACAGGCCCCUACCACAACGGCGUCAGCCUCAACCUUGGCCCCUUCACCUUCGACCACAACAACUGCUUCGGUUCAGUCCAGCAGUUCGUCCACAACGCAUGCUAGAAGCACUUUGCCCUUGUCAACUACAUCCGUGCGUUCAGAAUCAAGUAUCAGGUCACAAAGCCAGGCCACAACAGCUCAACAAAGCGACUUGGAACCUCUUACAACAAUCACCACCACCGCCACUACCACCACCACCACUUCAACCACCACGACGUACACAACGUCUUCAACGUCCAAGAGUAGCACAACAUCCACGCUAACCAGCACAACGCCGACGACCACUGACAGGGUGCUUCCUGUCUGCCAAGGGCCAGCGCUUGUAUGCGAUCCAAAGGAGGCGGACCCGUGCAAGUUUCAGAACCCUUGCACUGGCUACCAGAUGUGCCAGGAAGGAGUAUUUAAACCAUGCGUAGACUUCACCAACGGUGGCGAAAGUGGAUGCGAGCUCUCUCAGGACGUUUGCGAUGGCACGCAGCUACAUCCGCUUCUUCUCGCUCGGUUGUCGGCUGGCCUUGCCCAGUAA